GCAACAACAGUAUCGUUUCCCCUGAUUGGCUGAAUAACCUCAGUUCAUGACCAAAACCAAUCGGAGAGCACUGUGUAGCAUUCAUUGGGUUGCCCAGUCCUCGUGGUUCGAAUAUUGACGCCGGCUCCUGUCAUGUCUGCCAACAUGCAGCAAAAUAAUUAUUCCUACCUCUUUGCAUUUGAAAAACAGUAUGACGAAUCAAAAUUUUUCAAGUACAUGGUCAGACAUUGGGCCGACAGUUUUAUCUAUGCGUUCGUUUACAUCAUCCUGGUUUUCGGAGGAAAGCGGUACAUGGAGAAACGCCCAAGUUAUGGUUUACGACCCUGGCUUGCUCUGUGGAGUGGUAUUUUGGCCAUUUUCAGUGUCUUUGGUGCCGCUAGAACCCUCCCAGAACUUAUAAUGGCAGUUAAAGAACACAGUUUGGAGUAUUCUAUAUGUGUACCUUCAUACCUAGAAAAUGCUGCAGCUGUGUGGACAUUCUUAUUCACUGUGUCUAAAGUAUACGAGCUUGGUGACACUAUGUUUAUUGUCCUUAGAAAGCAGCCUCUUAUUUUUCUUCAUUGGUACCACCAUGUUACUGUUCUAAUCUAUUCAUGGUACAGUUACCCCGAGAGAACCGCUGUGGGAAGGUGGUUUAUGACAAUGAAUUACUUGGUACAUUCCAUCAUGUACUCUUAUUAUGCACUGAGAGCCAUGCGAUUCAGCUUUCCUAAAUGGAUAUCCAUGUUCAUCACAUUUUUGCAACUUUUACAAAUGGUCAUAGGAUGUCUUGUGAAUGUAUGGGCAUACCAAGUCAAAAAUGAGGGAAGGUAUUGCAACGUAUCAUAUGAAAACAUCAAAUACUCCUUGAUUAUGUAUGCAAGUUAUUUCUUUUUGUUCGCACAUUUCUUCUAUUCUGCAUACAUCUCUGGUAAACCAAGGGCAUCGAAACCUGUGAAGAAAGACUAAUUGUUUUUCCUCAUCAUUUUAUUUGUAAUGUGCACAAAAAUGCAAUCGUUGACAUUGACUUUAAAUAUUUGAAUUCUCCUUCCAUCGUUGAACAAGAAAUCCAUGCAUAAAAUCAGUUGUUGGACUUGUUACCUGCACCACUGGACUUCGAUUUGGUGGCAUCUAGAUAGAAUUAAUCUGAAGGUGAAAAUCAUUUAUCUCAUGAAAAAAUUGAAUGCAUAAAACUUAAAUGACACAUGUUCAGACAGUUUUGUCAAUUGUUAUGUUUGGUUUUUUUUUUUUGUAUUUACAUACGAUUUAAUGUUUAUUGAUAUUUGUUAGGCAAUUUCUUACUAGGGUAAAUUCAAAGUUUAUACAAUGUUUUCUGGUAUUUACUUAAUACUUAUAAUACAUUUUCUUCACCUUUUUAUGUUUUGAAAACAAUAAGUGCUGAUAGAUGUAGCUUUUUAACAUAUGAAAUUGAUGUAAAUUUUAUAUUUGUUCUUUUUAAAUUGGUGCAUUAUUAUUUUAUAUUUUAUUGAUGUGUUUUAAAGUACAAACCAAUUUUUAUACACACACAUGCUGAUAUUGGAAUAUCUUUAACUUAGUGAUAACUUUCUUAGGUUAUAAAAGGUGAAAUUGUUUUUUUCUUUUUGUAAAGUAUUUGUCCUUUUCAUUUUAUCAAGGUCUUUUCUUUUGUUUAAAUACUACGUUUGUUAGUUGUACAAUGUACAUUACUGCUAAUCAGAGAUGACCUACUUUUGUUAUCAGUUCAAAUUUUGGGUCAAAUUAAGGUGCAUCCCAAGGUAAAAGAAGUGUUUUAUUUGAUCCAUGCUGUGAAAACUGUGAAAAUAUUGAAAGUGUACAAAAUUCACUUAGAGGUUUGAAUGGUCAUUUACUAAACUUGACCCAAUUUUCUUAAUCUGCAUUCUUCGAGAAAGGUUUUAUGAAAGGUAACUAGUUCUGGGAUAUUGCAAUAACCAUGAUAACCUGAAUUUGAACACUAAAGUAUGUUAAAUACAGUUGUAGAUGCAUGUACUUCAAUUUUAACACAAGCAAGACAAGGACAUAUUUUCACUGUACGUUACACAUGUAUACCACAUGUAGUUCAAGAUUAAACCUGUUGACAUAACCUUUGUCUGGUAUUCAGUGUACUGUUAAGUUUAAGAUUGGAGUAAUCAGCUUAUGAUUGUACCACCAGUAGUCAUUUAAAAAAAUACCUUUUAUGUUGUUUAGGACUGGAGAAAUAGUAUUUCAUAAUUCAAAAGAAGAGUUUCUCAGAAUGAAAGUUUUAAUAUUGUGUUAAAAUUUUUUAUUAACGUUAAGAUUUUUAGCACUAAAAUACUAUAGAUCCAUCAAUUUUUGGGGGGAUAAAAUUUCAUUGAUUUGUCUUCUAAAGCAGUUUCAUCUGUGACUUGGCAUUAAAUUUCGUUGUUAUGAAAGUUACCUUACUCAGUAUAUAGGCUCAUAAAAAAAAAAAAUGAGCGGAAUUCAAUUUCAUCGACAAUUGUUAACAAUUGAAUUUACGAAAUUAAAUCCCCAAUGAAUAUUUCUGUUUUUACAGUAUACACUAAAAAAAUAAUAAUUGAGUGAUCUGAUAGAACAUAACUUUAUUAUAUUCAUUAAAGUACAAGAUAAGAAUUAACUUUCAAAGUCUCUCUGUUUUUGCAAUGAAACUAAAUCAUGUUUGUGGUAAGCAACAAAUCAAUCAGUUUGUUUUCAAUGUUUGAAGUGUAGUCUUCUUACAGUAUACAUGUCUGCUUAAAUCAGUUUAGCUGUCUUCCAUUUCACCUUCACAAUGCUGCAUUAUGUAAAUUCUAGCUGAUAUUCUUUCAAAAUGAUGUUUUAGAGUAGUGCUAUGAUAAUUCGUUUUAAAGCAAUAAGUUGAAACAAAUACCAUAUCUUACUGUCAUAUAUCUGUAUAGAGUCUGAAAGAAUUCCCUUGUAUCUUUUUAUGUGAUUUAGGUUGUGGGAUUUUUAUCCCUGUGAAAUGUAAUUUUUUUGUAAAUGAUGGAAUAAGCCAAAGAAAAUUCCCAAGCAGAACAUUAUGUGACACAUGAAAGCAAGAAAAGUACUUAGGUUAAUAUACAGUUGAACUUAUUUAUCUUGGACUCAGACAUCUUUAAUUACUAGAUACUAGUACAUGUCAAAGUGAGUUUAGAGUCCCAAACACUAUGAUAGCAGCAAAAAUAGUCUAAUUAUUUGGAGAAAGAUGAAUGUUCUCAACUUAACUUUAGACAGAGAAAAGCAUUUCCUAGAAGUGAAUAAUGAAAAAAUGGCAUUUGAAUUUUGGUAAACAUAAUUUUUUUUGGCUUAUUCCUAUUCAUUCUAUGAAUAAUGAAAUCCAUAAAAAUAUUGUAUUUGAAUAUAAGUUCAGGAAAAUCCAUUCAUGCUGGUAAAAUUUAUGGAUUGUAUUAAAUGUGUAUUCAGUUUUAUAAACGAUUAUAUAUUAAAAAUGGGUACAGUCAGAGAUGUGCUAUGCAUGAUGUAUGUUUUCUUAUGUAACCAGUGUCAAGAGAUGGAUAACCCUAUCGCUCUUUGAGAUGUUGUUAAAUGUUAUAACUUUUUACCUUGACCUAUUGUAUUGUCACAUAUCACAGUCCUAGUCUACAAAGUAUUGCAGCAUAUAAAUUGCUUCACCCACAGAAUCCCUUUAUGACGAUAUUGGUGUCAAAUUUACAAUGCUAUCUUAGUAUAAAUGUAAACAUGUGAUAAUGUAUGUUUAGUCAAGAGUGAUGUACUUUAGUCUAAAACUUGUAUUUGAAUAACUGACAUUUUCGUGCAAGUGUACAUUAUUUGCCUUAAAUGUUGCAGUGAUUGACAUUCAUGUUGAAAUUAUGUGAACAUCAAAAUCUGAUGUUCUGUGGGUGUAUGCAAAAAUCUGAUAUAAGCACAUGCUUUUUAUUUAUAUGAUUUAAAAUGCAAGUAAAUCCACUAAAUAUCA